AUGGGAGAAGCCAAGUUUAGCCAGGAACCUAUCGACUUGAACAUCCCCGACAACUAUGUCGCGUGGACGCUCAAGCACCAGAAACCUCUCCCGCCGAUCACUUGGUCGAAUUGGUGGAAGGAACUGAACACCUUGUCUGUGGCCAUCCUCAUUCUAGUUCCCGUCAUCUCGAUCUAUGGGGUCCUCAACGUGCCGCUUUGCUGGCAGACAGCUGUCUGGAGCUUUCUCUAUUAUUUCAUCACUGGCAUCGGUAUAACCGCAGGAUACCAUCGACUCUGGGCGCAUCGCUCGUACAACGCCGCGAGACCGUUGGAGUAUUUCCUCGCGAUGGCUGGCACUGGUGCGGUCCAGGGGUCGAUCCGCUGGUGGUCCCGUGGACAUCGCGCGCACCACCGCUACACCGAUACCGAUCUUGACCCGUACGAUGCGCGCAGAGGGUUCUGGUACUCCCACAUCGGUUGGAUGAUCUUUAAGCCACGCAUCAAGCCCGGUGUCGCGGACGUCAGCGACCUGAGCAAGAGCCACGUCGUGCGGUGGCAGCAUCGCUGGUACCUCCAGUUGAUCAUCGGGAUGGGUUUCAUCUUACCUACGGUGGUCGCCGGGUUGGGAUGGGGUGACUGGAGGGGUGGCUUCUUCUAUGCAGGAGCUGCACGGCUGUGCGUCGUCCACCAUUCGACCUUCUGCGUGAACUCACUCGCGCACUGGAUCGGUGAGACGCCCUUCGACGACAAGCACACCCCCAAGGAUUCCUUCAUUACGGCUCUUGUUACCGUCGGCGAAGGGUACCACAACUUCCAUCACCAGUUCCCCGUGGACUACCGGAAUGCGAUCAAGUGGUACCAAUACGACCCGACAAAGUGGUUCAUCUGGGCAUGCUCGAAACUAGGCCUUGCACGCCAACUCAAGACUUUCCCCGAUAACGAAGUGCGCAAGGGCCAGCUAACCAUGCAGCUCAAGCGCCUGAGGGAGACGCAAGAAAGUUUGAAGUUCGCUCCUGAUCCGAACGAACUGCCUGUGAUCAGUUGGGAGAGCUUCCAGGAGCAGUCCGCCAAGCGAGCCCUUGUCCUGAUUGCUGGCUUUAUUCACGACGUAUCUUCAUUCAUUGAUGAGCAUCCUGGAGGCCGACACCUUAUUGCCAAGCACAUUGGGAAGGAUGCGACCACUGCAUUCUUCGGCGGUGUGUACGAUCACUCGAAUGCUGCGCACAACUGGCUCUCGAUGAUGCGCGUCGGUGUAUUGAGUGGCGGCAUGCAGCACGGCCUCGACGACAAAAGCGUACCACCGUCACAGCGCCUGCGGAUUGCGCGGUACAGCGAGCUAUGCUUGAACUCGGCAUCUACGAGUUGGUCGGAAGACGAAGGUAUCCUUGGUUGA